AUGAUCUCAACUCGUCACGUUGCGCUGUCCGUGGUUUUCGCGACAAUCCUGUUCUUCCUGAUGGGAUACAUACUACUGCGCCUCAACGAAGUUCACGAGGACACUAAUCCAAUGAUUCGGGCGCCAUUGACGAUCAUAGCCCUGGCCGUGAUCGUCAUCUGCAUAUGUUGCGGAUUCAAGUCUUCUCUGCAUGCUAAU